AUGGCCCCGCAGUCGAGAGCGUCGGACGUCACAGAAGCAUCUGGUUUCGUGGUCUCUGAAGAAGCCGCUACUGGCGUCGGCCUGACUGGGUCUUUCCCAGAUUUCAACGAGAGGCCUGGCGAUCCUUAUGUUCCUGUCUCUCUCUUUGUCCCCCUUUCCUAUCAGGAUGGGAACGGUCACGCUGGCAGGAAGGAGACGGAGACGCUGUCCCAGAAGGCCACGUGCGCUUCAGUGAUUUCGUCACUUCCAAGUAACGGCGAAGGUCGAGAAUGGCAUCAUGUUUCCAGUGAGUAUCCGGAGGAGGGGAGAGAUCCGGAGGGCUCGACCAGCGUUCCUCCACCCAGCAUCGCAUUUGGCCUAUCCCGGUGGGCGGUGUUUGGACUCUACUGUGUCUACUGCGUCUUGUCUGGCCCGGCGUACAUCAACUGGACACCACUAGCAGAUGUUCUGUUCAAGGCAGGAGCGUUUGAGUGGCUGUGCGGGGGGGUCUCGACAUCACCAGACUUCCCAUUGAUUGGCGAUGGGAUGGCUAAGUGUGAGGAUCAGGAGGCAGAGGUUAAUCGUCUCUUUACAGUGACCGCAGCCAGCCACUUUUUCUUUUCUUUCAUUGGAGGUUCACUCCUCGACUUCAUCGGACCCAAGGCCACAGCUAUCGUCGGGCUUCUCUUCGGCAUCACUGGCUGGAUUCUCCUUGGCGUGGCAAAUGAGCAUCUCCCCACGUAUAUCCCAGGAUGCCUGUUUAUGGGUGCAGGCCUCGACACAACCUACUUCCCGCUUCUUUCGGGAGCGAAUCUCUUUCCAGGGCACGUGGCCACGGUGAAAGCAGUGUUGGGGGCAGCGUUGUCAUUCUCCUUCCUCGUCCCUAUUGCCAUCCGAUCGGUAUACUUUCGCAGCGGGGGAGCAAUUCAUCACAGGUUGCUUUUCUUUAGCUUCGCUGGUGCUUGCCUUGGCUUUUCACUCUUGAUCGCCCUAUUUAUCGUCCCUCGUCGCCCGUGGCGAGCUCCGUACAAACCGUUUGGCCAACGUCUACGUGAUCAGCCUCUGGGAGGAGCAUGUGGUCUUGCCAUACAGAGUGGAAUCCGACUGGCGUCCACCCCGCCCUGGGAAAGUCUCGAUGAUCGAGAGGCUCAAGAGGAUAGAGUGGAACGAGCCAAGGACCAAGCAGACAAGGAAAUCUCGCACCUCAUGCCCGACGCGUACGCAGCAAACCGGAUCAUUCAGAUCUUCUCCUUUGUCCCGUGCCCACUGUUUGGUCACAUUGCCGAUGUCUGGGGUAUCUUGCCCGUCAUGUACAUCUGCAAUUUCUGCGGCCUUCUGAGCUUUAGCUUCGUGAUGAUUCCGACAAUCCCCGCGGCGGCGGAGCUACAAUAUGCGGCGUCCCUCCUCGCUGCUUUCCAGCUGUCUUUCCUCGUCUGCCAAAUCUGCUGCUAUGUCGCAGAAACGUUUGAUGAGGAGAACCAGGGGAAACUGAUUGGUCUUCUCUGCUCAAUCGCUGGCAUCACUUCCCUGACUGCGCACCCUAUCAUGGACUAUUCUGUUCGGAGCGGCUUCCGGACUGCUCUCCUGAGCUUUAUUGGCGGCUUUGGUUUCAACGUUGUUCUCCUGCUUUUCGUGCACUGGCGCAAAGAAAAGACAGGACGUCUUCCUACCAAAAACGAACACGUGCGCGUUUUCAUCAGGGCUUCUCCAGCACCAACUGUUGGGCGUGUGGAACAGCCACAAAAGUGGGAGCGAUGA